CCCGGCCGGCUGCGCUCUGCCUUCCUCCCGCCCCUGCUUUCUGUCUGAAAGUGUGAAAAUUACAAAUCCCAAGGAACUGCAAUCAGAACUCUACCUAGGGAAAAUUCAGAGUAUCCUUGCCAUAAAUAUCCCUGCUCCAAGACGCCUGACGUCAGAGCGGGGCGGGAGGGCGCGAGGCCGGCCCAGGGGAAGCAGCGAGGCUCUGGUCGGAAUACGGCGAGCUCGGCGGGCGAGGAGCGGGGCGCAGCCGGCUCGGGGCUGCGGGAGCGGCGGAUGCACCAUGGGGUCUCCAGAGUCACCAUGAGGACCUAGGGCAUCUGCCGGCGGCCCGUCCCCCUGGCCUGCAGUGACCAUGGCCCCCCGCAAGAGGAGCCGCCAUGGCCUGGGCUUCCUGUGCUGCUUUGGGGGCAGCGACCUCCCCGAGAUCAACCUCCGGGACACCCACCCUCUGCAGUACAUGGAGUUCUCCGGUCCCAUCCCGAACCCGGAGGAGCUUAACGUCCGCUUCGCAGAGCUGGUGGAUGAAUUGGAUCUCACCGACAAGAACCGGGAGGCUGUGUUUGCACUGCCCCCCGAGAAGAAAUGGCAGAUCUACUGCAGCAAGAAGAAGGAGCAGGAGGACCCCAACAAGCUGGCGACCAGCUGGCCUGACUAUUACAUCGACCGCAUCAACUCCAUGGCUGCGAUGCAGAGUCUGUACGCCUUUGAUGAGGAGGAGACGGAGAUGAGAAACCAAGUGGUGGAAGACCUGAAGACUGCCCUCCGGACACAGCCCAUGAGGUUUGUGACCCGCUUCAUUGAGCUGGAGGGCUUGACCUGUCUGCUGAACUUCCUCCGGAGCAUGGACCACGCCACCUGUGAAAGCCGCAUCCACACUUCCCUCAUCGGCUGCAUCAAGGCUCUGAUGAACAACUCCCAGGGGCGGGCACAUGUGCUGGCGCAGCCCGAGGCCAUCAGCACCAUCGCACAGAGCCUGCGCACGGAGAACAGCAAGACUAAGGUGGCCGUGCUGGAGAUUCUGGGCGCCGUGUGCCUGGUGCCCGGCGGCCACAAGAAGGUGCUGCAGGCCAUGCUACACUACCAGGUGUACGCAGCCGAGCGGACGCGCUUCCAGACGCUGCUGAACGAGCUGGACCGAAGCCUGGGCCGAUACCGGGAUGAAGUGAAUCUGAAAACAGCCAUCAUGUCCUUUAUCAAUGCUGUCCUCAAUGCUGGCGCAGGAGAGGAUAACCUGGAGUUCCGACUGCAUCUACGGUACGAGUUCCUGAUGCUGGGGAUACAGCCUGUGAUUGACAAGCUCCGGCAGCACGAGAAUGCCAUCCUGGACAAGCAUUUGGACUUCUUCGAGAUGGUCCGGAAUGAGGAUGAUCUGGAGCUGGCCAGGAGGUUUGACAUGGUCCACAUCGACACCAAGAGUGCUUCCCAGAUGUUUGAGCUGAUCCACAAGAAGCUGAAGCACACGGAGGCCUACCCCUGCCUGCUGUCUGUCCUGCACCACUGCCUGCAGAUGCCCUACAAGCGGAACGGUGGCUACUUCCAGCAGUGGCAGCUCCUGGACCGCAUCCUGCAGCAGAUUGUCCUCCAGGAUGAGAGGGGCGUGGACCCUGACCUGGCUCCCUUGGAGAACUUCAAUGUCAAGAACAUCGUCAACAUGCUCAUCAACGAGAACGAAGUGAAACAGUGGCGAGACCAGGCGGAGAAGUUCCGGAAAGAACACGCGGAGCUGGUCAGCAGGCUGGAGAGGAAGGAGCGGGAGUGCGAGACGAAGACCUUGGAAAAGGAGGAGAUGAUGCGGACGCUGAACAAGAUGAAGGACAAGCUGGCCCGGGAGUCCCAGGAGCUGCGCCAGGCUCGGGGACAAGUGGCAGAGCUGGUGGCCCAACUCAGUGAGAUCUCCACAGGACCUGUGUCCUCCCCACCUCCCCCCGGUGGCCCACUUACCUUGUCUUCCUCCAUGACAACCAGUGACCUGCCUCCACCCCCGCCCCCUCUUCCCUUCGCCUGCUGCCCCCCACCGCCACCGCCCCCCCUGCCACCCGGCGGGCCUCCCACUCCGCCAGGUGCCCCACCCUGCUUCAGCAUGGGCCUGGCCCUCCCCCCAGACCCCUUCCCCAGCAGCGAUAUCCCGCUCAGGAAGAAGUGUGUCCCUCAGCCUUCACACCCACUCAAGUCCUUCAACUGGGUCAAGCUGAAUGAGGAACGCGUUCCUGGCACCGUAUGGAAUGAGAUUGAUGACACGCAGGUAUUUCGGAUUCUGGACCUCGAGGACUUUGAGAAAAUGUUCUCAGCUUAUCAGAGGCACCAGGAGCUGAUAACUAAUUCUUCCCAGCAGAAAGAGCUGGGCUCCACCGAGGACAUCUACCUGGCCUCACGCAAGGUCAAAGAACUGUCGGUCAUUGACGGCCGGAGGGCGCAGAACUGCAUCAUCCUUCUGUCCAAGUUGAAGCUGUCCAAUGAGGAGAUCCGGCAGGCCGUCCUGAAGAUGGACGAGCAGGAGGACCUCGCCAAGGACAUGCUGGAGCAGCUCCUCAAGUUCGUCCCGGAGAAGAGUGACAUUGACCUCCUGGAGGAGCACAAGCACGAGAUUGAGCGGAUGGCCCGUGCGGACCGCUUCCUCUAUGAGAUGAGCAGGAUCGACCACUACCAGCAGCGGCUGCAGGCUCUCUUCUUCAAGAAGAAGUUCCAGGAGCGGCUGGCUGAGGCCAAGCCCAAAGUGGAAGCCAUCCUGCUGGCCUCCCGGGAGCUGAUCCGCAGCAAGCGUCUAGCACGGAUGCUAGAGGUCAUCCUGGCCAUCGGCAACUUCAUGAACAAAGGGCAGCGAGGGGGCGCCUACGGGUUCCGGGUGGCCAGCCUCAACAAGAUCGCCGACACCAAGUCCAGCAUUGACAGAAACAUCUCUCUGCUUCAUUAUCUGAUCAUGAUCCUGGAGAAGCAUUUCCCUGACAUCCUGAACAUGCCCUCCGAGCUGCAGCAUCUUCCAGAGGCCGCCAAAGUCAACCUGGCAGAGCUGGAGAAGGAGGUGGGCAACCUAAGGAGGGGCCUCAGAGCAGUCGAGGUGGAGCUGGAGUAUCAGAAGCGCCAGGUGCGGGAGCCAAAUGACAAGUUUGUCCCGGUCAUGAGUGACUUUAUCACCGUCUCCAGCUUCAGCUUCUCAGAGCUGGAGGACCAGCUCAAUGAAGCCAGGGCCAAGUUCUCCAAGGCCCUGAUGCACUUCGGGGAGCAUGACAGCAAGAUGCAGCCAGACGAAUUCUUCGGCAUCUUUGACACCUUCCUGCAGGCCUUCUCAGAGGCGCGGCAGGACCUGGAGACCAUGAGGAGGAGGAAGGAGGAGGAGGAGCGGCGGGCGCGCAUGGAAGCCAUGCUGAAGGAGCAGCGGGAGCGGGAGCGGUGGCAGCGGCAGCGGAAGGCGCAGGCGGGCAGCUCGCUGGAGGAGGGCGGCGAGUUCGAUGACCUGGUGUCGGCCCUGCGCUCUGGCGAAGUUUUCGACAAGGACUUGUGCAAACUCAAACGCAGCCGCAAACGAUCAGGGAGCCAGGCCCUGGAAGCCACCCGGGAGCGGGCGAUAAACAGGCUAAAUUAUUGACCUGGGAGGUGGGCAGGGGGCACUGGCCACAGCGGGAGGCCGGGACAGGGAGGGGCCCAGAGGGGCUGAGUGGUCGGGCCACGAUACUUACAGGAUCUGGUGCUCAGUGUAGAGCCCUGGGCUGGGUCCCCGGGUCAGGACUGUGUGUGGCAGGACCAGGUGUCUCCCCAGCUGAAGGGGCUCCCCUCAUCUCCUCCUCCCAUUACUCCUUCUGCACCCUGGCCCCCAGGGGUCACUCUCUGAGGCUGACCUGGACACCCCUGGUCAGCCCGGGCUGAAGGGUCCCUGCUUCCCCGCCCCCACGUGUUGGCACGGAGCUGUUCCAUCUAGGCUGGAGAGAUCCAUGAACCUUGUCCAGGUUUCUCCUGCGUGGGGAGGAAGGAGGGGGUGGGCCAGGGCAGAGGCACUGAGGCUCCCACCUCUCAAGGGAAGGCUUAAUGGAAUAUUCAGCUGGGGCAAAGUUUUCUCCUGGGUGGAGAAGGCAUGAAUUCUAGCUCGAUGUGUUCCAGAAAAGAAAAAUGUUGGGAGGAUGAUGCAGGACCAAGUCAUUGCCCAUUUCCUCCCUCACUAGUCCUCAGGCCCCUCUCUUGCAGCCCUAAAUCUCGCUCCCUUCCCCGCUGCAAGCUCCAUCCUAUCUACUAAUCCCGAAUCCUGGAACAUUCACCUUUGGGUUCCCCCCGUUGUGGCUCACUAUCCGGCACCUGAUGAACCUGGGAAGAAAACCUGUUCAUCACCACGUUGUUGGCUGGGCACAGGGACCGGGGGACGAAACCCUCCUCUGCCCCUGCCCCCUUUGUAAACCAGACCACCAUCUUGUUGAAGCAAGAAGGUGACCUCACAUGUUGGCUGGGGUUUGAGAGGACAGCACGUGAAUAGCUCAUGCCACCCUCGAGCUCCCCACCUGCCACUUAAUGGUACUCAGACCCCACACUCCACCACCUGCCUCCAAGCGGAAGGUAGGCACAGCGACCCCCCAGCUCUGUCCAGCCUUGCAGGGGACCCCACUCCUAACUGUGGUGAUCUGACUAAGGCCAGCCCUGGGGCAUCGGUUCCUGGGAGUCCCAAAGGCCCGAGCUGCCCCCUGCAGUCACAUGCCACUUCUAAAGGGAGUGUCCUCGGAGGCCUUCAGACGGGAGGCCCAGAGGUGCCAACAGGAUGAGGGGGGUCCCCCCAUUUCUGGCACCUGAUCUGGGUCUUCAACCUGACUUCCGAGGGGCCCGCUCUGGCUCUCCUGUCCCCUUUCCCCUCCACACAUUCGGUCUCGAGCUGUCCUUGGAAGGCAGGAUGAUGGCUGUUAUCUAGACAAAUUUUCUCGUAAAAGGAGGGAGGUGAGUUCAACUCUAUCAAGUUUCUUAUGUUCACUACAUUUCCAGCCCCUAAGAGGGGACCUCUUGUGCUGUGUCUGUGAAACCUGCCUGGCCCCCCAUCAGCUGGCUCCCUGCCGUUCGUGCUUCUCACCUUCUGACCUCCUCCUCCAGCUCAGGGUUAUUGCCAGUGGACAAACUGAUGGGCUGGGCCCACUCUUCAGCUGCCUAGCUUUUCCCUACGCCGGACUCCUGGGAUUGGGGCCGUAGUAGCUGCAGGGGGAAGAAACACAGGGUCGGUGAGCCCAGCAUGUGUGCUGGUUCGAGGGGGAGGGAUCAGAGUAAGUGCGAGCCUGGCCAGGGCAGGUGUGAAGGGGCCCCCCUACAGGGGUGUGGGUGAGGGCAAAGGUGUAAGCUUCCAGGAAGAGCAGCCCCCAGUGGAAGAAGCCAGUGUGGGGCCGAUUGGGGGGGGGGACCUCUUAAGGUCCUCUCCCAAACUGGCCAGGCGGAGGUCAACCUCACCCACUAGGGCGGGAAAGGGGGCCACUUCUACCCGAUAGGCACGUCCACAUCCCCACAUUCCCACCCACCGUGGAAGAUGGAUGCGCACCAGGAAAGGACUAUGGAAGCCGUUUAAGACAACGUUGGAUCCGCAGGAGAGCACAGUUCGGUUUAACUGUUUACAGAGGCCACGUAUAUUGUUCCAGGGCUCAAGCUUCUCACCCCUGAAGAUUCUCCCUUCUCUAUUUAUUAUUUUCUAGAUCUGGCCCGUGGCUCUGACAGCAGGUGCCACUGUAGCCAGAUCCCCAACAGUGCCUUGGCCUGUGGCCCAUCACAGCCGACUUAGCAAGGAGGGCUGCUGCCUCGGAGACGGCCGAGUUGGCCCUUGACAUGCUCAGCGUUUACGCCUGUUUCGAUCUGCUCCUUGGUCGUUCCCCGCCCACCACCUUCGGGUUAAUUAGCUAAUUUUGUGUCCAAUGUAAAGUCCAGUUAACCCAAUGCCCCCUGUCCCCCAGCAGCAGCACGCCCUCGCCCUCCCCCCUCCCCUUUGAUGAAGGGAAGGCGUGAUGGGGGAGGGUUCAGUCCAGGCUCUCCCCACCCCCACCCCACUUCUACCCCCUGGGGGAGCCGCCACGACCAUCUCCCCCACCUCGGCCACCUCCACACCAAGGCUGUUCUUACCGGUUCAGAUGACAAGUGAGACUAAUGUACAAAGUCUGCAGCGUCCUUUCUGCCUGCACCUUUUUUAUAAGAAUAUAUUGUAAUACUAAAAAAUAUUAAAUCCGUACCACCACCACCCCCCA